UUUCUGGUCUUUUUGUCUCUCCAGGGAGGUCAUGGUUCAAGCGGAAUAUCUCCCGGGGCUCCACAACAGUCGGGCGGAUUGGGGCUCUCGCUACCUUACGGACAGCAGCGAUUGGAUGCUAGCUCCAGAGAUUUUUUCCGAGUUAUCCAGGAAUUGGGGUCCUUUUGCUAUAGACCUAUUUGCCUCACGUCUCAACACCCAACUUCCGCGAUUUUUCAGCUGGCGCCCGGAUCCGGCGGCAGAGGCAGUGGACGCGUUCCUUCAACCCUGGUCCGGUCCGCUGAUGUAUGCAUUCCCGCCAUUUGCUAUGAUCCCAAGGAUGAUGUUACAUGUUCGUCGUCAGCUGGCCGAAUUGGUGGUGGUGGUCCCUUUCUGGGGGACUCAGGCUUGGUUUCCGUCGCUACUGGGUCUCCUGAUAGAUGUGCCUUUUCUUCUCCCGAUUCGGAUGGAUCUCCUCCAGGACCCUCGAGGAUUGCACCACCCGCUCCCGUCGGACGGAUCCCUACGACUGAUAGCUUGCCGGAUCUCAGGACGCCUGGAGAAGUCGGCGAUAUUUCGGAGACAACUAGACGACUUUUGGACAACGCAUGGGCUCCCAGCACCAGAAAAUCUUAUCGGGCAGCCUGGCGAUCUUGGUCUGGUUGGUGCGUGGAACGAGACUUGGAUCCCGUUUCGGCCCCUGUGACCCAUCUUUUAGACUUUCUUACCUCCCUUUUCGAAGCGGGUAAGGCUUAUCGGACAAAUAAUUUGUUCAGGUCCGCUAUUUCAUCUACGCAUCAGGGUUUUGAUGGUGUCCCUGCGGGACAGCACCCUUCCGUAUGUCGUUUGCUUUGCGGUUCCCGCAUGUCUCGUCC